UACUGGUAAUUAGGUACAAGUCAGUCGGUCUCCUCUUCCUUCUUCCUUCCGGACUACGAUAAGCAACAGAAUUUUAGGGUUAUCUUCUCUCCAGCCCAAAAAUAUCUAAAAACUUAAUUAGUUUGUACUUUCUUAUCGGUGUCUGAUCUCAAUUUUUUAAUGGACGAGUCUUACGAUAAUCUCCCUUCUAGCCAUUUACUCGGUUCAGUACCUGCUGUGGUCACUGAAGAAAAAGCAAAAAAUGUCGUGAAUUAUGAAGUUCCUGAAGCAAAUAUGCAAACCUUCCCUACAAAUAUUAAUGGAGGCGGUGGUCGCGGUUAUCAAACUCUUGGAAGUCCACCUGAAGAAUUUGAGCAACAACCACCCAACAAUUGGAAGGGUGUAUUUAGUGUCUCAUCAUACACGCAAUAUUUCAAUGUGGAUUCAGAUACUGUUAUCAACAGACUGAUGAGCUCUUUUUAUCCUAUUGGUGGUGAUUUUUUCGGCAGGAUUGAUGCAAACCCUGAUCUAUACGGACCUGUCUGGGUCUCAACUACAUUGAUAUUUGUGCUUGCUUCUCUUGGAAACCUUGCCACCUACCUCAUACAGAAACAUACUGAUCACAAAGCUUCUUGGAGCUUUGAAGUUGGAUAUGUGAAUGUGGCGGUGUUUUCGGUCUACGGCUAUGCAAUUGUGGUGCCAUUGGCAUUUUAUUUCUUACUUCGAUAUCUGGAAUCAAAUCCUAAGCUGCUACAGUUUUGGUGCAUGUGGGGAUAUUCUCUUUUCAUCUUUGUUCCAAGCUCGUUUUUGCUGGUUAUCCCAGUUGAGGUUCUUCGCUGGAUCAUUAUACUUGCUGCUGGCAUUGACUCGGGCAUGUUUGUUGCCACGAACCUAAAGACCUUUGUUGAGCCGAAUGAUCUUACAAUCAUGGUGGUUGCAGCAUUCUUCUUGCAACUGGCUCUAGCAAUCUUCUUUAAGGUCUGGUUCUUCCAUUAAGCCUCUUACUGCAUGAAUCUGGAAGUCCAAAAUGAUAACUGGAGAGAGUUUGCGUGGAAGGUAACUACUUGGUUCUAUCAGGGUGCACUGUAGUAAAGAAUGCCAGGGUGUGUGUGUCUUUGACUGGUGGUGUUGUGAUUAUAGUUAUAUUGCUAUGGAGUAGUGGUUGGGAUGGCAUGGAUGUGAUUUAGUCCACAGCUUUGCCCCCUCAUUUUGCUGCAAUUGUUUUCCUUAUUUUUGAAAAACUUUAGUUUCAGCUCGGGUUUUUUCUCAUAUAAACUGGCCAUGUAUAUAUACAGAGAUCUGGAGUACUGUUUAAGUAUCUCACGCUAAUCUUACCAGUUGUUUUGGCUAGCAUAGCCUCUCAAAUGAACAAGGCAGACUAUCUGGUCUUCUUGGAAUCUGAGCUUCAAGCUGAAGGUUAGGAAGAUCAAAUUGAGUUAUUCGGUGCAUGAUAUGUUGAUAAUGGUGACAUAUUUGAUCUUAAUCUUUAAUUUUGUUCAUUGUCGCUAAUCACUCAUUGUUUAAUCUUGUAGAAUAAUAGAUUUAUAUUGAAAUUGAUGUGUAAUUUUAUCUGAUCA